AUGUCCCGUCGCCGUGCCUCAAACAGUGAAUCAAUAGCCUCAUCAUCUACUAUGAAUGAGGCUGUUGCAUAUCCAUUCUCCGGUAUGCAGCAGAAUCAUUUGCCCCAAAGGCGUGGCCCUAUCGAGGGCCCUAAUGGACGAAGGUUGAUUCGGAGAGUCACCUGGCGUUCGUCGACCUACAAACUCAUGGCGUCCCUUUGGGUCUUGGGCGUGUUUUACAUCGUCUGGCUUAUAAGGGACCUCUUUUGGCUGCCCUUCGCCCCGUCAGAAACGGAGUCUACUGCUGGGAAAGAUUUUCUAGCACACUAUGCGGGUCGUCAGGAGUGCGGCAUCUCCUCAGUCUCCUUAUACAACCCCCCAGAAGACCAGCAGUAUUGCCAGACUCGAGACUCGUUGCUCAGCGCAAUGAGCAAUGGCGGCCGUCAUGGCUUUGAUGCUGCCUAUGCAUCACAAGGUACGAGCGGGAUAGGUUGGCCCUAUCGCCUUCUCAUCAAUGUCUCUUCGCAAAUUCUUCUUCUAACUCUUGGUACGGUUCUGUUGACAUACUUAGGUUGUGUCUAUCGUUGGUAUAGCAGCUCCCAGAUCUGCGAUAUACUCCAAAAAUUUGACGGAAUCGCUUUCAUCGGUGACGAAUCGCUGGCUGAUGCUUAUGCUGGAUUCAAUAUUCUUCUUCGUGAAAACCUCGCCACUGGCGCUCUGAAAGAUUGGGAAAUGAAUGACAUGUACAGUGAACAAUGCAGAUGUGACUCUCAAUUCACCAACCCCUCCUGCUGGCUGAAGCGAAUCAGUUCCAGCGAGGAUAUGUUUCUCCCAGGCGACAAAUCUGGGCCACGGAGCACUUAUGCCUGCUCAACCCAUGUGCCUCAUGUUUUCGUGAAAGUACUUGGAUCGCCUGCCUCAAGAGACUCUCGUGAAAAAGUCCAGAAGUUGCUUGCUCGCUCCGACAGUCAAAAGAAGCUUGUUCCUGUGAUUCACAGUGUUUCGCUCUCGACAUCAUUUUCGCUGUCCGCAGCCGAGAGUAGCAUGGACGAAUGGCUCGCUCUGCCGGAAGUCAACAAACAAUACACGCCUCUGCUUUGGGUGGGGCCCACGGCUCCCGGUCAUGAGAAGCUGUCCACCGAUACCAAUAUUCCCGCCAACAGUGCCGUGUGGCAGUAUGCUCUAGACACGACAAAAGCAGCUCGGAGUAGAGGGAUGGAAGUUCUAGGCAUGUACAACGCAACCUUGCAAGCUGCUAGCUGGGACGGCAAACAUUAUGGUGAAAAGGUAGCUAUGAUGCAAGCCAUGAUGAUCAUCAACUGGCUAUCCGCUCUCUAA